AUGGACUUUUCAACGAAAUACGGAUGCAAAUACGCAGCUGAAGUACAGUCGGCUCAUUUUGGCUUAACAAGGCUGCAAAUUUCUCUACAUACGGUUGUAUUCUAUUAUCGGUGUCCAUUUAUAAAUUCAGUUAAACAUGUAAGCUGCUGUAGUUUGUCUAAGAAUCUGAGAUACGAUCCUGCAGCAAUAUGUGCCAAUUUGAUACCAAUUUUUAAGCUUCUGAAGGAAAAGGUCAUGAAUCUGAGAAAAGUUCAGUGUCUCAGCAACGGGCCAAAAAAUCAAUAUAAAAAUAAAAAGAUGGUCUACUUAAUUAGCAACUUCGUAGCGAAAAUUCUUAUAAUGAGUUCUUUGAGUUGGCACCUCAGUGAAAGUGGUCACGGAAAGUGUGCUCCAGAUAGAAUUGGUAGUGUUGUUAAGCGCACAGCUGACAAAAUUGUAGCUCUUGGACAGGAUGUGGAAUUCAUUAUUGGAACACCAAUCUCUAAAGGAAAGACCUAUGCAAACCCAGAACCAGCUGACUUAUGCAUAUCACAAAAUACCGACGAAGAUAGAGACGACUCUAUAGCUGACAGUGGACUUUAG